AUGAAGAGCUCAAUUAGAAAGUGCCUUGACCUCAAUCUUCUCGGAUUGUCCCCGUUAAAUUGCCAUGCAAUUAUGCGCAAGCCAGACACUGAGCCACAAAAAGUGUUAGUGGAAUUCAGCUCCAUCAAUAUUGCCAAACCUAUGCAUAUGGGACACUUUCGUGCCACAGUCCUUGGUAAUUUCGUUAGGAACAUUAACCUAGCUGCUAGAAAUGUCGUCACCUCUGUUAACUAUCUUGGUGAUUGGGGCACUCAAUUUGGCUUACUGUCUCUUGGAUUCGAAAACUACGGCGACCCCGAUCUUCUUGCGAGGGAACCUCUGAAGCAUCUUCAUUCAGUAUAUGUCCGGGCAUGCCAGUCGAUGGACUCGAAUGAUGGAAAGUCAGUGGCUUCAGCUCUUGCUACGCAAAUGGAGAGUGGCCAACGACCCGACCUCCUUGAGCUUUGGUACAAAUUCCGAGAGCUUAGUUUGAAGGAACUUCAGCAUCUCUAUGCCCGAAUGAAUGUGCAAUUCGAUCAUUACGAAUAUGAGUCCGAUUUCGUCGCAGCGGCCAAAGCGUUAAUUGAUCUUCUUAUUAAGCGGCGGAUUGGUAGAAAGGAGGAGGACGGCUCGGUUUCUGCCGGAUCUUCAGAACCUGGCAAGAGGGUGACCCUCUUGAAAAGUGAUGGGGGCACGCUGUAUCUCACACGUGACUUGGCAGCUGCUAUAUCUCGUUUCGAGAAUUUCGGAUUCGACAGGAUGCACUAUGUUGUUGAGGAUGGCCAACGUGAACACUUCCUUAACCUGGCUCAUCUGUUGUCGGGUAUGGGCUAUGAAUGGGCUAAACCCAAUUCCUCGCCUUGGCCUCUUCAUGUUCGUUUCGCGAGAGUUAGUGGAGCGAGUACACGGCGGGGAAACGGCUUAUUCCUAGUUGAUGUCUUGGACGCUGCAAAGAAUGAGGCUCGUCAAAGGAUGCUUCAAUCUCCAAAUACGCGGAUCUCUCCAAGUGAUGGCGAUCUUUUUGAAAAUGUGUCUGAUCAAAUGGGAGUCACUUGGUUAGUAUCUGAGAUGCUUCGACGUCCACGCAUGCAGCCAGUUCACUUGUAUCUGCGUUUUAAGGAUGACCAUCAGUCGGGAAGAAUUGGUAGUAGCGGUGCUCAUUCCACAGCUGAUUCGCGCGACCUCACUGGUCUCGGUCUUCAGUACUGUCAUGCCAGGCUUUGCAGCCUUGAAGAAAAGGCUAUGGCUAAUGGACUCCUUCCAAACAACAGUGAUAUAAACUCCAUCAACAAGAUGCUUCUAGAAGUAUUCAAUGAGAUUCCAUCAAAUCGUCCAUCUCGGGAGGUUGAGGAAGAGAUAUGUGCUCACCUGGCUUUAUUUCCAGAUGUAUUAACUUGCGCAUAUGUCAAGUACGAGGCCGACGGGUUGCUGCGAUACUGCUCGCGUCUAACACCUGUUGCAAAGUUCGGAUUCUAUGUUGAUCCCUACACUUAUGGUCUGCAAGUUUCGCAUAGAAAUCAAUUAAAUCGUGAAUCCAUGCUCUUCGUCUGUGUACUAGAAGAGCCACCUGACCCUUUGACCGGGCGUGGAGCGUCAUUCUAUGAACUUCACGAAGUUCACAUUCAUCCUAGUGAAUUGGAUGAGACACAGGUUGCUCCAAAUAACCUGGAAGUUCUCCUCACCUUUGAAACAGUUGCAUAUGACCCUUUUCCACCUGGUGAUGUUUUAAAAGUGCAACUUACAAUUUUAGUGGUGCCUCACUCCGUAAAGAACAAAAAGGGAGGAAAAGACGAAGAGGAGAGCAAUCCAAAAGUAAGGGAACCAUGGAGGGAUCCAGAGGAGAAUCUACUGGAUAAUCCAAUUUCCAACUUACGAAAGUGGUCUCCACUUUUGAGCUUCAGAUUCUCCAAUCCGAAUAUGGAUUGUGAGAAACUAAAAUAUAUGUUCGAUGUUACAACUGCUCAGAAGGAUGGUCGGGAAAGAGCACUACGAGACUGGACUCAAAACUCUGAACUUUCUACAUUUUCGGAAUUCCUGUCGAUGUUUUACUGGAGGUUAAUGAGAGUUAACUUUUUCUAUAUGCCCUUUCUCACUUGCAAAUUUGCACAAUGGAGUCCGAACGGCUUUUUUUCUCAUCCAGGUGAAGCAAAGUCGGACGCCAUUUUCUACCCAUUUCGUGGUUUUACAUUUGUCUGGUAUGCGAAGUGGUUAAAGCCAAAAGAAACUCAAAACUACCUCUUUUAUACACGUGUGAGAACAGUGACCAUUUCCAUCAAGAGCUCUUCGGGUGAUUAUAUUGGUAUGGCUUUCGAGUGCACUGAAGAAGAAUGCGAGUUGCACUUCGAGCACAAAAUUAAUGCAAAUAAUGGAACAAAAACAACUUAUCGACUUCCUGGUAAUCAGUCCCUUCUGCAGCCACUUGAAACGCAGGCUUCCACAUUCGCGCUUAUUCUCGAUGGACCUGAAUUCAUACUCGAUAGCAGGAAUCUGUUCUACAGACGUCUUCGUCUCAUCUGCGAUGGUUUGACAGUCAUGACAGCGCGAUAUCGUAUUCCAGGGACGAUUUAUUCCUCCUUGAAACCAGACACAUUCACUACUUCUGCAAUGCCUUUCUAUAAGUCCUGGGGCGACCCCUUUAAGGUCAUUAUCAGGGUAAGCACAGUUUGA